CGGGGAGUGAAGGGCGGCCCACGUCAGGCCGCAGGCCGCAGGCUGUAGCUGUAGCAGCAGCAGCAGCAGCAGCAGCGCCGCCACCACAACCAGCACCUGUAACCCCCCCGGGGCGCCUCCUGAAGCGGGGAGCAGACGCCGGCAGCUUCUCCAGAGGUGUGCUACAUUAACAAGGAUUGAAAUAUAACUGGAUUACUCGAGUGUUCCACGGAUCGCUUGGCAUUGAGUGGGGACGGGAGCUGCUCGAUGUCACAUCUCGGUUGGAGCAGCGGACAAAUAUCUUCCUGACAUGGGACAAUUGCUGCCUCACGUUCAGGUUCUGGUUGGUUCUUGAUGCUGUCAAUCCUGUCGGCACCGCUGCGGAACAUGAAUGGAAUUGGUAUUUAAAGAAGUCGCUGUGGUGCAGCGAAUUACUCGCCUGGUUUGGAUGACUUUUACGUAUCUCACUGGGGAAGGACAUGGAGAACCGCGUUAUUACGUUUCGCCAUUGUGAGAAAGAUAUUUAUUGCUUUAAUGUCCCAGAGGAAUGUCCGAUCUGCGGCCAGAGCCUCGCAGGACGCGGACUGGACGAGGCCCCUGUCUGUAUUCCCAACUGCUUUGUAGAUGGACAUCAUGAGAAGUGUUCAUUCCUGAUCAAACCGACUCACGGAUCGUUCCUCAGAGAAUAUGAUGGAAAAGGUGACCUUCAUGUUGCCAUCUCAAAUACUCAUGGAGUUGUGUACAACUACAUUGAAACUGGUGUUCAAAGAGAUGAUUGCGGUUGGGAGGAAUGUAUCUCUGUUCCACUGGUACAACCGGACAUGUAUAAUUUAAUUAACCAGUGGGAUAUUUACCUGGAGCAAUUCUCCACUGCAGAUGUAUGGCUACCAAACAGGUACAAUGAAUAUGAGCACAACUGCUACUCCUACGCCUUGACCUUCAUCAACCGUGUCCUGGUGGCACAAAGCAAACGACAGCUGAGUAGGACAGAAUUUACCGAGAGGUUUGUGGUUCCACGGACAAAGCGAGCCUCCAAAUACAUCACACUUUAUCGAGAGUUAUGCAGGAGCUACUUUUAUAUUACAGAUGACUUCCAGACUGAAGAAGUUAGCAGCCAGUUUUAAAGAACUGCAGCAGUGACUGCUCUUUCCCACAUUUUUGACAAAAAUAUUAUUGAGUCAGCGAAACAUGAAAAAUAAAUAAAGGCAUCUGAUUUGGAAAAUUACUUUUCUUACAUCCAUUAGUCACAAUGUAAUCUUAUUGUAAAUUAACCUAAUUAUUUUUCUAAAUAAUACAAAUUAUUAAAUGAUUAAUAUAUA